UUUCAGAUCAUUCGACCGUCGGAAAUGUUUUCCCACGACCAGAAACGUGUCGACUCCGGCUCCGUUCCGCUGCCCCGCGCUCUCCGCGAUGCAUUUGAUAACCUCCUCCUCACUCUUUCCCUUUCCCAUCCAUUUUUAUCGUUAUUUUUUUUUCCUUGGCUGUCCCUUUUUUGGCUCUCUCGCCCUCAGAUCCGCCGAGAAGCUUCCAGUCGCCGGAAAUUUUUAGCAUCGGCGGAUGCGCCUGCUUAUGGCCCCGUCGUCGGUCUUUCUCUUGCUCUGGAGCGGCCCCGAUUGGUGGGACGAGGUGAACAGCUCCCCCUUGUGGCAGGAUCGAACCUUUCACACCCUCGCCGUCCUCUAUGGCCUCGUGUCCUUUGUCGCGCUCAUUCAAUUAAUUAGAAUUGAAUGUAGAGUGUCAGAGUUUGGUUGGACGACGCAGAAGGUCUUCCACUUAUUGAACUUCCUCGUGAAUGGGGUUAGGUCACUGGUUUUUGUAUUUCGUUGGGACGUUGAUAAAAUACACCCUGAGAUAAUUCAGCAUAUUCUUCUAGAUUUUCCUGGUCUUGUAUUUUUCACUACCUACGCUUUACUGGUGUUAUUUUGGGCAGAAAUCUACUAUCAGGCACGUUCAGUAUCUACUGAUGGGCUUAGACCAGCUUUCUAUGCAAUUAAUGCGGUUAUCUAUGUUAUACAGAUCUCUCUAUGGUUGGUUUUGUGGUGGAAGCCAGUCCCAGCCAUGGUCAUUGUUGCCAAGAUAUUCUUUGCAGCUGUCUCAUUGUUUGCUGCACUUGCUUUUCUUCUAUAUGGAGGGAGGCUUUUCUUAAUGUUGAAACGCUUCCCCGUGGAGUCAAAAGGGCGCCGAAAGAAAUUAGAGGAGGUUGGUUAUGUCACGACUAUAUGUUUCAUCUGUUUCUUAUUGAGAUGCAUUAUGAUGUGCAUCAAUGCUUUUGAUAAAGCUGCAGACUUGGAUGUUCUAGACCACCCAAUUCUGAACUUCAUCUACUACAUGCUAGUUGAAAUCCUGCCAUCUUCCUUUGUACUUUUCAUCUUAAGAAAGUUACCGCCUAAACGGGGGCUAACUCAAUACCACCCGAUCCACUAAGACUAGGAGAUGACAGCCCCGCCGCGGAUAACUAACUGUUUUCAUGUUGAAUUUCUCAGAAAGGAGUUGAACAUAUUUGGCAUACUCGAGUUGUGUAAAUUUUCAAAGAAUUAAGUUUGCUUCUAUGAAGUCCAGUGUGGAUGAUCUGUUCAAGUUUCAUGUAGCCGUGUAAACUAAAAAAAUUCACCUUGUAGGUUGAUGGGCUGCACUAAUUCUGUAACUCUGACCUUAAUAUUUUUCUUGUUGCAUACCCGUUGGCUUUCAUUGUUUACAGAUACAAAUGAAGUGUAGAAGUUUGGAUCAUGUAGAAAUCAUUCUUUUCAACCACAGUUAAUUUGUUUGCAGUAUUCAA